UCCCCACAGUCCAAUGACAAAAUUGGCCUAUUUAUCUCGAACUGCAGUCCUACUUGCUGAUAGGUCUGCAUUAGGACUGUACCUCUUAAAUUAAUGAAGUCAAACACUUAUAUAGCCAUUGAAGGGAAAAAAACGCAUUAAGAUGUCUGUGGCCCCAAUUGAAGUGGAUGUUUUCCUGAGACAGAACGCUGUAGCUUACUGCCGGGCACGCAUGUCGUGUGGUAACGGUAAGCCGAUUACUGGAACUGUCAAAGUAGCCUGCUCUGGCUGAUGUCCUGUCCAUUUCACCAAGCCGUUAACCUCCGAGGAUUUUUUUUAUUCUUUUUUAUAUUAACUUGAGCAUAAUGCCACUUUUUAUUAACCGGGACCAGAUAUUUGCGCACCAAGUGCACCUGUUGGAACAUAAACUCAGGAGUAAAGAGGAGCGUAUUUUGGAGCUGGAGACGGAGAAUGCCCUUCUUCACCUCCGGCUGGCCGAGUGUCUGGGCCGCCUGCGCCGGGACCAGGAGGGCCAGCAGGAGGCGCAGCGGCAGUGCCAACUCCGCAGGAGCUCCCAGAAGAGUGCUCACCUCUCCCUGGGCAAACUCCUGGCCGAAGUGCAGGUGCUGAAGAGGGACCUGCGGGAGGUGUUUGCCGUGUACCUGAGCUUCGCCCGCGAGCUGGAGACUCAGAGCAAGGAGCUCCUGGAGCGGACGGCCGUCCUCAGCUCCACCGUCCAGAGCCAACAUGGCGACCACGCCGAGAGGCUGCAGGCGCAGGUGGGUGCUCUGGAGCGCUCUCUAGAGGAGGAGAAGGAGCGGUGCAGGACGGAGCGCCAGCGCAGGAGGCUGCUGCACAACGCUCUGGUGGAGCUGCGGGGGAAUAUCCGAGUUCACUGUCGAGUCCGACCCAUCAUGCCUUUGGACCGCGGACUUGAAGCCACGGCAGCCACAGGGUCAGCCCUUGAGGAAGUGGUCCAGGCGGUGAAUGACGACACUGUCCUUGUUAACUGUGCCAAACCAGGAAGCCAAAUCCCCAACAAGGUGUUUGAGUUUGAAAGGGUGCAUGGGCCUGGCGACUCCCAGGAGGCCGUCUUUGAGGAAGUGAGACCGCUGCUCACCUCACUGCUGGAUGGGUACAAUGUGUGCAUCAUGGCGUAUGGCCAAACAGGAAGUGGGAAGACGCACACUAUGAUUGGCUCUCACCAUGACAACCCCGCCAGUUCUGCAGUCGGAGACCAAGAAGGAAUCAUCCCCAAUGCUGCCUCUGAGCUCUUUAGACUGAUCUCGGAGCGUCCAGUGGGCAGUCACACUGUGGAGGUGUCGGUGGUGGAGGUCUACAACAACGAGGUCCUGGACCUGCUGGCCAAAGAUGAGGAUGGUGUCGCCACCGGCGCGGUCAAGCGCGACGUCAUCACCACGGCGACUGGUACCAGUGAGGUGCCCUGCCUCGCCCAUGAGCCUGUGGGUAGCUGUGCACAGGUGAUGCGGUUGCUUAGCGCUGUGUUGAAGCUGAGAGCUCAGAGCCCCACGCUGGUGCACAGAGAUUCGUCUCGCUCACAUCUCAUCGUCACACUCACCGUCACGUCUCGCAGUGCCAACGCCUUCGCUAUGGCGCGGCGUCUGCAGAGCAGUCGUCAGGAGUCCCCCCGCGCCCCCCAGCGAGACUUCUGGAGCCCCCGCUGCACCCGCCGCGCUAACGCUAGCGCUAGCGCUAACUCCAACGGCCCCCGCGGCCGCAACGCCCACAGCAGCACAGAGGACCACCCAGCUAGCCCCUCCUCCUCCUCCCUUCCCUCCUCCCCCUUCUCCUCCCCCUGCACCUCCCCCUGCGCCUCCCCCAGGCCCAGCAUCUCCCAGGAGCCCCUCCGCACGCGGCUGCAGCUGGUGGACCUGGCCGGCAGCGAGUGUGUGGGCCAGUCUGGAGUGAGUGGCGCCACCCUGUGGGAGAGUUCCUGUAUUAACCGCAGCCUCUCGGCGCUUUCCGACGUCCUGGGAGCCCUUGCAGAACAGAGGCCACACGUGCCCUACCGCAACAGCAAGCUCACACACCUGCUACAGGACUAUAUAGGUGGCGAUGCCAAGCUGCUGGUCAUGUUGUGUGUGUCCCCGACUCAGCGCUUCCUGGCCGAGUCCCUGCAGUCGCUCGGCUUCGGCUCCCGCGCACGUCAGGUCCAGAGAGCAGCGCCCCGCCGCAAGGCCACCGGCCUCAAGGUCAAAUAGAGGUGGAGGGAGACCGAUAUAUACACAUGUACACUGUGUAUAUAUAUACAGUGUGUGAGAGAGAGAGAGGAGACAGAGACAGCCUUUAUGACCAUCAGCACAAAAGCCAUUGAGUUCUAUUCUGUUCUGUUCUGUUCUGUUCUGUUUGGCCUUAAGGUUCUAGAACCCCUAGAACCAGGUGCUGAAGAUUGGAAUGCAGGGUUCUAUUGCAAGAGUCUGGAACAUGCAGCACAGUUACAGCACCUUAGAGCACAGCACAGGUCCACACCAGCCCAGUGUCCUCACUGAGUACACAGUACUGCCCAGCACACUGGACAGCAGCGUCACUGAGUACACACAGCACUGCCGAGCACUGGGAAUAUUUGGGAAUAUUUUAUGGGAAUUCUUAGGAAUAUUAUAUGGGAAUUCUUGGGAAUACUUGGGAAUAUUUUAUGGGAAUACUUGGGAAUAUUUUAUGAGAAUUCUUGGGAAUACCUAAUGGGAAGGUUUGUAAGCAGAUCUGUGAGCACAUUUUGCAUGAAGUAGAAGAACGGAGCUCAUUUCCUGUUGUGUGUGUCAUUUCACUUGGUGCUGCUGCAUAGUAUGCAUACUGCAUACUGCGUACUGCGUACUCACAUGAACGGUCUACGGUUGGCAGCGAUGUCUUCUGCCCUUGCAUGGUGUCCAGUGAGCUCAUCACAGCAUGCAGGCCUGCUUAAAGUCCUGCAUAUGCAUACUGUCUCAUAUUAACGAACUCCGGUGUCAUGUUUAUCCGGAGUCUCUGUUUUCUUCUCAAAUGGUGUAGUGGAUGUUUGUUGUCUCGGCCUUGUGCAUUUAUAAACUGUAACAAUAGAUCUGUUAGUUAGGAAAGUGCAUUGUUCUAAACAAUAGAUUACAUUGUCCUUUUGUUUUCUUUUGUAAUUGUGAAAUAUGUAUUUUGCAGUCCAAAGUAUGUUUGCCCUAGUUUGGUUGAUGUUAAUGGUUUACAUAAUAUGUAUUUGAGUUGUUUUAUAAGGGCAAGAUCACAUGCUAGAAUUGGCUGGUAGUUUAGAGAAAACAGUCAAGUGUAGAUAAGUGUAGGUAAAGAGAAGAUGUUCUGGGUUAUUUCCAUAUAGAAUGGAAUACACUUGUUUGUAUUUUUAAUAUCUAAAUAAAAACUUCAGAUCACU